GUUGACAGCUGGUACAGAUGUUGAGAGAGCAACAGAAGAAACAAGACCGGCUCGAGGAAACAACGGAGCUCUACAGGCGUCCGCUGCACCCGGCAGAGGAUGCAACUGGUUGUCAUGGCAGCGGUGCUGGGGAUGGUGGCGGCGGGGCAAGACUGCUGCUUCACGUGUCGUCUCACCAACUGCCGCAUCCCGGUGGAGAGCUGCGGCAGAACCGUGUUCAUCGACACCACCAUAUGUGAAGGGCAGUGUUUCAACAGGGACCCGGUCUACACCAGCCCCCAACACAGGCAUGAAUAUGACACGUGUAACGGGGACUGGUCCUAUGAGGUGAAACACAUCGACGGAUGCCCAGACGGUGUCACCUAUCCGGUGGCCAGAAACUGCAAAUGCAACGUGUGUAACCCAAAUGAAAGCACCGACUGCGAGGGUUUCCCCGGAGACGUAUCCAGCUGUCUGUCCUUUUAAAAAAGAAUCGUCUGUCCGACAUUUUCCUCAUUGUCUGUGUGACUUGGCGCUGAAAUAAACAGGUAUCAUUU